UCUUCUCUUCCAUGUCCCCUUCCGCCGUGGCCGUGGGAGGAGCUGCCACUUCCCCGGGGUAAAAAUGGACCGGGAGACUCCGCGCUCCCCGCCUGUAUAAAUACACAGACCCACUACCCAGCAACCGCAAGCCCAGCCGAGCCCAGCCCGACGGCUUUCCGGCGGUUUUCGCGGCGGCUGGUUGCUCAUCCGUGGGCGGUUUCCGGCGGAAUUUGUGUUCUCCUCUCCUGCUUCUCCUCGGCCACCUACCUCGGCAAGCAUUCCCCUUGUCCGGAACCGCCCUGCUCGUCUUCCACCUCGCGCCCCGUUCGAUCUCAGAACGAGACUCUGGUCCCUGACGGAGCCUAGAUCGAGGCAAAUGCGUUGGGAGCGGCGGCGGCCAUUGUAGUUCGAUCCGUCCGUCCGAGAACGUUGCUUUCUGGUGCUCCGUCCGUCCGAGGCGAUGCUGCGGAACAGAUCGAGGAGAGCGGUUGGCGCCGGAGGCGGGGGCGGAGGUCUCAUGCCUCAACCUGAGCCCCUCGCCGGCGCCACUGCUCAGUCUUCUUCUUCCCCGAGGCCGUACAUGGCGCUGCCGCAGGCCGGGUUCUUGGACGGCGCGGAGCAGGGGCCCUCCUCCUCCAUGAGCCCCACCUCCAUUCUCGAGACCAAGCAGUUCUGCUGCUCCGCGCUGCCGCCCUUCCUCUCGGAGAGAAGCCUCAGGAAGGCGCAGAUGGAGACGGCCGCUCUGGGUCCGGAGCCGGCCGGCGCCGGCGGCCUCGCCGACGUGCUCCGGGAGCACGGCAACGCCAAGGCCGGCGGCCGCAAGGUGGUGUUCGGGUCGCAGCUCAGGAUCCAGGUCCCGUCCGGCAGGGCCGCGGAGCUGGUGUCCUCCCCGAUAGAGUUCGGCGUCAAGAACCGGGACGCCGUCCUGUCCCCGGCCAGGAGGUUCCUGCCGGAGGUCGUCAGCUCGCCCACCGCCCGGGUGUUCGCCGCCGGCGUCGCCCCGGGGGAAAUGGCCAUGUCGGAGGACUACACGUGCGUCAUCUCCCGCGGCCCCAACCCGAGGACCCGGCACAUCUUCGACGACUGCAUAGUCGAGAGCUGCGGGGAUGUGCUCGUGGACAACGGACCGGGCACCGCCGCCGUGCCGGCGAGCGGUUUCUUGAGCUCUUGCCAUGCAUGCCGCAGGCAACUUGCAGGGCAUGCCAAUGAUACCUUCAUCCAUCGGAGGAAUACCCCCGGCUCUCCGUCAAGCGAAGCAGAUAGUACAUCUUCAGUAUAUAUACUUCAUCAAGAUUAUGGCAGUUCUAUACUAUGCCAAUAAUAUAUCUUCGUCGAUGGGUCUGAUUCUUCUUCAUUAUUGGAGCUUGUAUAGUAGAGUAGGCCUCGUUUGGUGCGGACAAAAUAAAAUGUUUCCUUCCGCAUCGCUUUCGCGUAGAAAACUAUGCAAAAAGAAGCUCAUUAUCCUAAUGUUGGGUCCCCUGGGGGAUUAUGUUAACAACAUCCUAGGGAUUAAACUAUUUGGCCUCCUAAUUGAUGAUGUUGCUAAAUGCUAAACGAGGUCCCUGUCCCAAGCC